ACAGGGAUUUUGGCACACUGUUUACACCCUCACUACAUACACUGUACAUCAAGUCCUUCCUUAUCACUGACUAUACCAGUUGCCUUCAGCGUACAGCUAUUAGAGUGUUUUGUACUGAGCUAUUAGAGAUUGACACUCGGGCAAGUCACGGUCUUAAGUCUCACAAAAUUGAGAGGUUUCUUCAUUCUACUGUCGACUUGUUUGGCUUGAUUUGUUUUGGAGAGGGGAACUGUUGCAAGGCGUCUACUCUAGUACACUACUACAGCAUGGGGCAGGUUGCGACUAAGGUUUUGAAGCCCUUUCUUCCUACUGGAUGCUUCCUUGGAAUGGAGGAAGACUAUGAAGACAGCAUCCCUAAGACGUUCUCCGUCUCCCAGAUGAAGGAUGUUCUGUUUGCAUACAGCCAUGGACAGUACGUGGUGCCUUCCAGGCAUUACAAUGAAGUAUACAAGAACAUCUUUGUUGGAGAUGAGAGCAGUGCUCGCAACAAGCAUCGCCUGAUGGGUUUGGGCGUCACGCACGUCCUGAACGCGGCCGAGGGGAAGUCCCCGUUCAUGCACGUGCAGACGGGACCGGAGUUCUACGAGGAUGUCGGGAUCGACUACUAUGGCGUACGCGCCAGCGACUUCGAGCAGUACAACCUGAUGCAACACUUUGAGGAUGCUGCAAAGUACAUUCACAAGGCAGUGGACGAGGAAGGAGGAAAGAUCCUCGUCCACUGUCGCGAGGGUUACUCCCGUUCUCCAUCCCUCGUCAUGGCGUACCUCAUGAUCUACAAGGAACACAACGUGGAGGACGCUCUCAUCGCAGUCCGACAGAAACGGGAGAUCGGGCCCAACACCGGCUUCCUCAAACAACUCUGUCUCUUCAACGACAAACUCGAGGCCGAAAAACAGAGGAGGAUGGCCGAGGAAUACCAGGCAGAGAUGGAAGGAAGGAAUGAGAAGGGGGAGGAGGAAAGCAGGAAAGAAGACAAAACCGAAGAUUCCAAGCCAGAAGAAACCCAAGACGAAAACAAAGAAAAAUCGAAAACAGAAGCAAAUGAAGAGAGUAGAGAAAAUGUACAGGAAAAAGAUGAGCAUGUGCUAGUAUCCUAGUUGAUAAUCCAUACAGUGUGUGUACUGAUAUAAACGUAUAUCGUAAGGCCCAUAUCGUAUGUACCAUAUACAGCACUGUAUACCCGAAGGUCACGUAUAUGUACAUACACUAAGGAUGGUCAUAUAGGGAGAGUGGGUCCUAAAAAAACUCCCAAACCCAGAGAUUGGGCCCGGGGCUCCUGACUGUAACAUCCACAUCUUCUGUGUGGAGAGUCUCUCUCUCCUCUGUAAAGAGUCAGUGUAACUGGAAGAUGCAAGGAGCCCCAUGGCUUGGGUUUAACUCAAACCGUAUUCUCAAGAUCAGCUGAAAUUUUUUCUUUAAUUUGAAGAUUGAAGUCGCUGAUGGCUUCACCUUUUCGAUGAAGAAUGACUCUUGUGAUGAUGAUGAUGGUG